UGUAGAUUAGCCACUUUUAGUCAUCUGAUCUGACCUGGGUACUCUUCAACCUUUCCUUUGUGUUGUAGACUAGCUGUUGAUAGAUGACUGUACUGACCCUGGUAUAAAAGUUUCCAACUCUACCAUCAUGUCAUAGAGUAGGUGCUUGUAGUGGACUAAACUGACCUUGGUACAGAAAUGUUCCCCCCUCCUUCUGUGCUGUCGAUUUCCUGCUUAUAGUAAAGUAAUCUUAUCCAGGUACAGCAGUCCUGUGUUCUCUCUGUGUGUAGAUUAGCUGCUUGUAGUGGUCUAAGCUGGCCUAGGAACAGAAGUGUUUCAUCCUUUUUUGUCGUAGACUAGCUGCAUGUUGUGAUCUAUACUGACCCAGGUACUCUUUUAAACACUAGCUGCUUGCAAUGGGUAGAUUUGUAGAUUUCCUGUAGUAGCCUGAAACAUGCACUGUACAUGUUUGCUUAGAUCUGUUAAAACACUGUUUAAAUCUUACUCAUAUUAAGUUUAAUUAAACAUUAAACAUAUCUUUGAUCUAUGUGAUUAAGAGAUAACUAGAGGAAUAUAUUAUAACAUAUUUCUCUUUCUUUGAUAUGUCUUUCUGUGUUUUUAUACUUUGAUACUGUCUUUUGGCAGUGAUUAAUUGAAUUUAGCUUGCUUCUAUGCCAUUUUAUGUUUAUUUCAAGUCAUUGCACUCUGUGGUGAACUGUUUAGUGCUUUUGUUUAUUAUGAUAUUUCAAACCUGAUUUAUAGAGUGAUAUCUAAGUAUGACCACAGUGUCUUUGGGUGUGGCAUAGCCAGAGCCUCCUGUGGAGUGUUUCUGAAAUUGUUGAAUCCAAAUGAGUAAGAUCUGUGAUAGAAUGUUUUGUAGUUGCAUUCGGGCUCUUUAAGAUGGUAUGGAUAUAUGCUGUUGUAUACGCUAUGGUCUGGACUGUGUCAAUGCAGCAUUUGCAUACAGUAACAUCACUUAGGGAGAGAGGUUAUCCCAGAAACCCAGCUGCAUCAGUUACACUUCCUUCCAGCAUAGUAACUGCACGGCACAGCUGGUGUACUGAAAACUGCCAACAAUUGGCAACUAGCAACACAUGUUUCAGAGAAUGCCUGUGUGUACUCCUCCAAAUUGCUUAAGGAAGUUUUGUGGUGGGUUCCUUUGUUAAUUAUAUCGUUUCUUAAAGUGAGUAUGAUUGGGCACCUCAUUUUUGAGGUGUAUCAGUAUAUCACUGUAUUAAAGUGGAAUCAUUAUGAAGACCUACAUUUUAGGUUAGUAUGGUACAUUUUUCAGAGUAUGUUACACCACAGUUCGUGUUUGUUAGCUCUCAAUAGCCAGUUUGAUUGCAAUUUAUAGUUUAGUACAGAAGGUGUCAAUCAAUUUUCAGUUCUGUCUUCUCCCUUUUCUUAUUGGAUAAACCAGUUUAAAGGGCUCCCAAAUGGAUCUGUUGGACAUUACACAGUUAGUUGCAACCAAAUUUUGCAUGCAGUUUUUGGAAGACCAGUGUCUUUCAGUGAUUUGCUAUAAAACAUGGCCCACUGUAGUGUAGUUAUAUCACAGUUGCAGCUGUAAUGAGUUAAAAUGAGUUAAAGCACCCCAGAGUGAAAGCAGUGAGUUCUGAUUUCCUCUCUCGAGUGAAGUGAGGCCUCCACCCAGCUUAUGUGCCCCAUAGGCUUGCACAUUGCCAAAGAUGGAGGGCCACUGCAGGCGCAAGCAGGAGCCCAGACGCCGCUGGUUUUAUAGCUCCCUCACUGCCACAUGUGAGGAAUUCCUCUACAGUGGCUGUGGAGGGAAUGACAACAAUUUCGAGAGCCUCCAUGCUUGUCAGCAGCAAUGCAUGCUGGGAGCCUGCUGCUACCGGCAGCCUAAGCACCCGGGCGUUCUGGUGGGGUUUGACCGAGAAGGCUAUGAUCGACACGGGUACAACCUCUCUCACCUGGACCGGCAUGGCCACAGAAGGAAGGCCGAGAGCCAGGAAUGGGCGGGUCCAGCUCUAAUCGGCCUGAACGGAAAAGUCCUCAGUGGGCUGAGGGACGGGAGGACGUUUGACAAAUACGGUUUUGACCGCAAUGCUUACGACAGGGAGGGGUUUCACAGAGACACUGGGUUCAACCUGACCGGCUACAGCCGCAAGGGUGAACACGACGGUCGCUCCAAAUUCAGCCGGAGUGGAUUUGACCACAAGGGCUUCAACAGGGCCGGUUUUGACUGCAGCGGCACGGAUGCUCGCGGUUUUAACUAUCUGGGGCUGAGCACGGCGUUUGUGUACAGCUGCGAGCUCCUCUCUCUGGCCCAGUGCCAGCUGCGCAGCCAGGAAGGCCUGCACAGGGAGGUGGUCAGCUUCUCCUUGGGGCGGAGCUGCGCAGACGUGCAAUGCAGGGAGGGCUGCGGCUGCUCCUUCCACGGGCGCUCCUACCUUUUUGGGGACACUUUUGAGCAUGCCUGCGAGGCAUGUGUGUGCAGCUACCUGGGCUCCGUGGAGUGCACCUGCCGACACCUGACUCAGCGCAAGGAGGUGCGGGAUAUGACCCCUGAGGAGAGAGAGGUGUACCAGCACGCCAUCAGGAAACUGUAUUCUACACCAGGAAUUUGGGAAAAACUUGCUAGAAUGCAUGCUGAUUAUAUGCCACAGGCCAAUGGGAAAUUCUCCUUCCUGCCCUGGCACCGCUACUUCCUGAAGGAGGUGGAGCGAGAGCUGCAAAAAGCCUCGUCCUGCCAGAUUUCCAUCCCCUACUUUGAGUGGGCCGUGGACGCUGGUUCCAUGGAGACCUCUGCCAUCUGGCAGGCUAAUUUCUUCGGGGGUAAUGGGGACCCCGUAACGGACUGUGUCUCACACCACCCAUUCCAGGGGGAGGUGAGCUGGUUCCCCUGCCUGCGGCGGAGGUUCAACUCCUCUGUCUCCCUGCCAGACGCCGUCAACCUGCAGCUGCUGCUGGUGGAGGAGGACUUCGGCCAGUUCUCCACCCAGAUCCGGGUGGUGUCAGCGCUCUUCCACCUCUGGGUAGGGGGACACAUGGCCUCUCCACUCAGCCCAUACGACCCUGUCUUCUUGUCCCACUAUGCCUUCAUGGACAAGCUGUGGGCACAGUGGCAGGAGCGUGGGCGCGACGUACCCUCGCAGUUUCCUGGAGAGCUGAGAUACGUGAAGAUGAAGCCCUUCAACGUGGCUCCAGAUGAUGUCCUGCAUGCCCAGAAACAGCUCUGCACUCUCUAUGUGCCCAUCACCCUGGGUGCCCCCUGCAAUAUUACCACACCGCAGAAACCAUCCAGCCUUGACAAGUACCAGCAUGACAGGUACAGCAUAGACUCUAAUGACUAUGACCGACAUCACUAUAGCAGAGAGGACUUUGGGCCAAAGGUAAGCUCCAACCAUCGAGGCGAGUACAACAAGAAGGGUUACAACAGACAAGGCUAUGACCGGAAUGGCUUCGACCAAAUGGGCUGGAAUGAGCAUGGCUUUGGCAUUGACGGUUUUGACCGUGACCACAUGGAUGUCGACGGGUAUGAUAUCUUUGGGUUCAGCCGCUACGGGUUCAACCGGUCCAAUGUCACGUCCUUUGGGAUGAAAAGAGAUAGGACCUUUGUCUCAUCUGUGAGCGAAAAGGUCAUGGAGCAGCUCUUUGAAGGCAGAUACAACAAGUAUGGCUUUGAUGCCUUUGGCCUGGACAGGAACGGCUUUGACAUGUUUGGGUUUCGUACCGAUGGCUAUGACAAGGACAGCUGUAACUUUUACUUUCGAGGUCCCCACUACAUGAGGUUUUACUUUUUUGCCCAGCUUCAGAUUAGCAUGGCUGGUCUAGGAACUCUGUCCAGAAUCAAGCGCAUCUGUCCCCACAUAAGCCCUUUACCAGAGAGUUGGGUCAUUCAGAACUGGUUGGCUGUGGACACUGAGGCGGGCAUGGCUGUGAUCCGCCACAUGGAGCAGCAGAGGGCCUUACAGCACCCGUUUGACAGGGACUACAUCCCCAACAUCUCCUCAGUGAAGGAGAGUGGCCUGUGGCUUCCUAUCACCCCCGACCUCAGGUUUUGCUUUGAGUUGCACUGGUUUUCAGGCUGUCCAGUGGGCCCUGCCCCAGUGACCUGCCCUGACCUCUGCAAGAAUGCCCACUGUAUGGGCUAUCCAGACGCUGAGUGCCGCAUCCACAACUGCGGAUCCUGCUUUACUGAGUGGUAUGAUAGAGCCACAGGGAGCCAUGUCAUGUGUCAGGGAUGGUGACAAGGGAACACUUUUGAGUUAAGGAGCCAUCAGUAUGGGGACAACUCUUUGGGCUGGGGGGACAACCCUGGGCUUGUUCACAGGGACACCAUGUCUUGGUCUACUGUAUGCUUCAAAUGCAGUACCUUCCAGAUCUUUGCAUUGAUUGGAAUUUGUCUGGUAGACAAGCGGUAUAUUGCAUUUCGUUGCAAUUUUCAAAGCAUAAAAAUACACAUGAAAGGAAUUGAAUAAUCCAGGCUUAAGUUCUUCUAGCAUAGUUUGAUAAAGAUAAAACUGUAUGCAUUUUACUGGAUGAACAAGUAUGAUUGACCCUUUCACAAAAUUGAAAAUUUACUUUGACAGACUGGUAGAAAUGUUCCCUACUGUAAAAAUAUGCAAAUAUCCACUUAUUUUUGUACACUCACUAGCAUUUUCAACAUACCAGUAUAUACAAAAUAUAACUUUCUCUUCAAAAAAUAUCAUAAACUAUGCACAGGAUUCAGCGCAGGUGCAGUGUAAUUGCACAAGAAAGCCAACUUUCAGCUCUUCAUGUCCUUUAUGUAUAUUUAUCCCAGACUUGAAGGAUCGUGUUUGCUUUUGUAAUACCUCAAGCAUGCUAACCUUUUCACUGCCCACACUGUAAUGUUUUUGAGAAAUAUUUUGCUGUGUUGCUUUACUGUUGGACACUUUGCUGGAGCCCUCAGGCUCAAAACUACCUGACAGCAUGAAAUCUGUUCUAAAAUUGAGGAAUGGGAAUGAUGUUUUUGGAUUGUAUACUAACAUCGCCCCCCCCCCCUUAAUUGUUUCUGCAUGUUUGGUGUUGCACAGCUUCGGAGGAGAUCUCCAUUUUUCUCUCGCCUCUUACACAAGAACCAUACCACAGCGCGGACUCAUGUCUGAUCAAGGGCAACGCGUUUCUUUCUUCCUUUUGUGUCCAAUAAAGAAUAGGGUUGCACAACCA